GUUCGGUCGAGUUCAUUCAUUGAUCACUGCCAACGUGGUGACAAAACUACUGUCCGUCCGGUGACGGGUGUAUUGUACUUUUGAGAAACAAGUUGACGUGCUCCGGACACUUGAAUGUGAUAGAUUGAAUACUGGAAACGGUGAACCAAUCAACUAUUCUCAGUGUGUCACCCAGUUGACAGCAUUUGACGCGCAGAAUUUGAUACAUUUUCGCUACAUCUCAGUAGGCUUUAGCGAUCAUUCUAUUCAUUUGAGCUCGUGGAGAGCGGAUGUAAUUGGGCGAAUAAUUGGUGAAACAUAAUUUGGAGAAAUAAUAAUACAAAACGUUGGGUGAGCUAAUAUCUACAGCUGGUUAAAGUUACAUCAUAAAAAUUGUACACUCCCAAGCGCUUAUCAGUCUACCCACAAUGUAUACACUGUUCAAAGCUUUGCUCACCGCAGCACUUUGAUCAGUGGAAGCGAAGUGCUCGACAAGUACACAAUGCGAGCGUCCCGUGUUUUCCCAUCCGCUAGGGUAUUCUUUUUCAUUGUACUAACUCUGCUGGGACUGACCGUUGUAUACUACUACUACAGUCUAUACGACAACGUGAAGGGAGCAGUGUCACAACCAUCCGUGUUUGAAGCUACACGUUCAAAACUAGUCAGCUAUUUUCAGUCGGAGAAUGAAGCCGGUCAAAGCCUACCGGAUGAAAGGGGAACCUAUCCUCCAGGAGAUAUGGGACAACCGGUGGAAUUGGGAACCAAUAUUAAUAAAGACAUCCGGCACCAGAUCGAUGAUGGUUGGGGUACCCAGGGACUGAACCAGUAUGCCUCGGAUAUUGUGUCGGUAUUUCGCCGGCUGCCCGACAUCCGGGACGAUUGGUGUAAGGAACCGGGCCGAUUUCUGGAGGAGCUACCGCCGUCCUCGAUAGUGAUUGUGUUCUUCAACGAAGCGUGGUCGGUUCUAGUCCGGACAGUACACUCGGUGCUGAAUAGGACCCCACCCGAACUGAUUCAGGAGAUUAUUCUGGUGGAUGAUUUUUCCACGUUGGCUCAUCUGAAAACUCAGUUGGAUGAUUAUUUUCGACCGUACAGUAAAGUGCGUAUAGUUCGGGCUGGCCAACGGGAAGGUUUGAUACGAGCGAGAAUACUCGGCGCGAAGAGUGCCCGGGCUGAGAUUGUAACUUUUCUCGAUGCACACUGUGAGGUUAUAGUUGGAUGGCUUGAGGCGCAACUGGAUCGAGUAGCCCGGGAUCCCACCAGAAUCGCGAUUCCCUCGAUCGAUUGGAUCCACGAGGACACGAUGGCACUGAACGCACAAAGUUCGCAACUGUACUUUGGCUCCUUCGAUUGGACAUUGAAUUUUCAGUGGAAAUCACGGUCGGAGAAGAAACGGAAGAUGGAAAAUCCGGUCGAACCGUUCGAUACGCCGGUAAUGGCCGGCGGGUUGUUCACUAUAAAUAAAACUUUUUUCGCCUAUUUGGGAUGGUAUGACGAAGGAUUCGAAACGUAUGGGGCGGAGAAUAUGGAGCUUUCAUUCAAAACGUGGAUGUGUGGCGGUUCGAUGCAGAUUGUUCCCUGUUCGCGGGUUGCGCACAUCCAGAAAAGAGGACACCCUUACAUGGCGCAUUCGCCGGGUGGGUACACGGCCGUUACGCGUAACACCAUUCGACUGGCCGAAGUGUGGCUUGAUGACUACGCGGAAUAUUAUUACGAAUCGUUUGGAGGUGCCAAAAACCGGAUCAAAUUUGGCGAUGUGUCCGAGAGAAAGGCACUGCGAAAGCGACUGAAUUGUGAAUCGUUUCGGUGGUACAUGGAAAAUGUUUUCCCGGAACAGUUCGAUCCUUCGAAGGCCGUUGGUCGGGGGGAAUUUCGCAGUGCGGUCGGUGCAGGGGAUCAGUGCCUCGAAUGGCCUCCUCCACUGGUAGAGCGAGGUGUAGCCAGCUGUCACGGCCAGGGAGGCCAUCAAUUGUGGUUUUUCACCUCGGACGGGGAGAUUACGCGGGAAGACCACUGUAUGGAUUUCGAUGGGACGAAACUGGAUAUGAUUCGUUGCCAUCGGAUGAAGGGCCACCAGCUGUGGGUGUUCGACAGUGACAGUAAACAGUUCCGGCAUGUCUAUCAUAAGCGGUGCCUGGAGUGGGAUGCUGGGAAACUCAAAAUGAGUGAUUGUGCCGAGGUGGGAACGAAACAGCAAUGGUUAAUACAGCACUAUAAUGCCAGUAAUUUGAAGCCGCUUUAGCGCGUUGAAAUAAGCGACAGAAUGAGGAUCAGUGAUAGAGUGUAGAAGAAAACUACUGGCUAAUCAAGUCAUGAGGGUAAAUUCGAAGACUCCAUAUUAAGAAGACUGAUAUCUCUUUCCUUCCCCCACACAAACGAGAAGCGACAGAUGUUACACCGCCUCUAUUGGAGGAAGGUAGGAAGCUUACUGUAAAACUGUACAUGUGUGUGUGCAUCACUAUGAGAAGUACCACCUUUACCCGCAAGUGGCGUUGCUGUUACUGUCUCCAGAUUCUGGACAGAGUUGCCAGUCUUCUUGAUAUGCAGUCUUCGGUAAAUUCUAAUUCAAGUGAUUCCACUGAGUGUAACUUUCUAUUAAAAGUUAUUACUGUAUUAUUGAUUUGCACUAUUUAUUAACAGUAUUUUAGUAAACAGACUAUUUCCAUCAAUGUUGGAAAAGCAAAAAGUGUAACGCUUCAAUAAAAACAUUUUGGGGACCUG